AUGAGAAACACGGGACAAGUUCCCACAAGAAAGUCGGCCGGUACAAAAUUUGGACUGGUGGCUUCUAAGCUAUGCAUGCAGUGCCUAUUUUAUCAAGGAGCUAGAUCAAUCAAACGUGAGACUCGACUAUUGAAAUGCGGGCGAGGGACUAUUAUUUCGGUAGACUUCCAACGCCUAGGUCUCACGGAAGAAGGAAGCGUUGGUCCUUCAACUUUAUUACUACCUACUGGAACACCAGGCCAGAUCCCAUCGCAGCUGGUGCUGACCGGAAUACGCCCGUCUAUCUGGCUGCCCCCUUAG